CUGUCAGUCAUAAAAAAGAUAGCCAAUCAUUCUCUUUGCCAAUAUUUUUAUGCAAAUCAGUUGUCUUUUAAUAGAGACACUCCACUAACGUACACAGUCUGCUCUUAAACAUCAGCCAUAAUGCACGCUGGAAAGAUCCUUAUUGUGUUUUUGGUCGGGUAUAUUGCAAGUCUACAAGCUGAGUCCCUGACAGAAAGAUCAAACAACUCUCACACUGACCACAAUCCUAACCCAUGCCAACAUGGUGGGACUUAUACACGAUUAAAAACAUCCAAAUCUUCGAGUGAAGAAUCCAAGACACCAAGGGGGCCUAAGUUUACAUGUACCUGUCCUGAGGGGUUUUAUGGGAUAGUAUGUCAGUUUCAUGUAUGCAAAAAACAUGACUGUCAGAAGGGAACGUGUGAGGCAGAUAAGACCAGUGUACGUGGUUACAAAUGUAACUGUGACGAAGGUUACAAAGGGGAAAAUUGUGACGUCCAAGUAUGCGAAAAACAUGAUUGUCAGAAGGGAACUUGUGAAGCAGAUAAGACCAAUGUACGUGGUUACAAAUGUAACUGUAUGGAAGAUUACAAAGGGAAAAAUUGUGAAGUCCAUGUAUGCGAUCAACAUGUUUGUCAGAAGGGAACGUGUGAGGCAGAUAAGACCAGUGCACGUGGUUACAAAUGUAACUGUGACGAAGGUUACAAAGGGGAAAAUUGUGACGUCCAUGUAUGCGAUCAACAUGACUGUAUGAAUGGAACGUGUGAGGCAGAUAAGACCAGUGCACGUGGUUACAAAUGUAACUGUAUGGAAGGUUACGAAGGAGAGAAUUGUGAAGUUCGGAGUUGUACUCACCCCUGGAUAAAACACGACAAUUACUGCUUCUUCUUCAGUGAUAACCAAGUCAGCUGGACAAAGGCAUCGGAAAUAUGCCGUUCAUUUGACUCAUUUCUGGCUGAACCGAUCACACAAGACAUCAACAGUUUUAUCGUUUCAAAGAUAAGUGUCACGAAUCCAAAUCUUAUAAAAGUAUAUUGGCUGGGUGGUUCCGACAUGAAGGAGGAGGGGAAGUUUGUAUGGCCGUCCCAGGGGAAGCCUUUCUCCUUCACAUUCUGGAUCCCCGGGGACCCAAACAACGGUAACGGGGAAGGUGAGGAGGACUGUGUACUGGCCAACUGGAAUGGGGACGGACGCUGGGCAGACUACUUUUGUGACAGGCAGUUGUAUUACAUCUGUCAGAAAUA